CAACCUUUAUAAUAAGUAAUGACCAAUUUGGAUAAGAUAAACAGAUUACGAUUAAAAUAGAUUGCGAUAAAACGAUACAAGGGAAUAACACUAGCCAAUUUUUUGUCAUUGUGAACCAGCACGAUCAUGGGGGCGCGCUGGUUAUUGCUACUUUUAGGGACAGUCCUGGUCCAGGGCACCCUUAGUCUAAGUCCGCUUCCUGUACCGGAAGAUGAAUGGGAGGAGUUCUACAGGGUUUUGAGAGAUCCAGCAUACCGUCUACCGACGACGACACGCCCCCGCCACUACGAAGUAUCCUUAACCCCUUACUUCGACAUAGUUCCAAUUAAUACACGACCGUUCUCUUUUGAUGGAGAAGUCACUAUCUACAUCAGCCCAACUGUGACUAAUGUUAAUGAAAUCGUUAUGCACUGUAACGAUCUAACCAUCAAUUCUGUAAGUGUCUUGCGCAAUAAUGUAGAAAUCGCGACACCAGGACAAUCGCCUACUUGCGAGAUGCCCUUCAGCUUCCUUAGGAUUCGUACAAACACGCCUCUGCAACUUGGACAGGAGUACGUCGUUAAAAUAACAUUCAAUGGCAACAUUCAGACCAAUAUGAGAGGUUUUUACAGAAGCUUCUAUCAUGAUAAUUCAGGAAGAAGAUGGAUGGGUACAACGCAGUUCCAGCCAGGUCACGCUCGCCAGGCCUUCCCCUGCUAUGACGAACCGAGCUUUAAGGCCACCUUCGACAUUACCAUUGUAAGAGAGACCAGCUUUAGUCCCACAAUUUCUAACAUGCCUAUUAGAACAACAGGACAGCCAAUCAACGGUAGAAUUGCUGAAACGUUUUGGACUACGCCCUUGACUUCUACAUAUUUACUGGCUUUCAUCGUGUCACACUAUGUCGUGGUCGCUUCUAACAAUAAUACUGCACGACCAUUCGACAUUUACGCUCGCAACAAUGCUGGCACAACUGGCGAUUGGUCUCUUGAAAUCGGAGAACUUCUUUUGGAUGCCAUGGAGCGGUACACUCAGAUUCCUUACUACACAAUGGCUCCAAAUAUAAAUAUGAAGCAAGCUGCUAUACCAGAUUUCUCAGCCGGCGCUAUGGAGAAUUGGGGUCUAUUGACAUACAGAGAGGCGUUGAUACUGUUUGACCCUAUUAGAUCCAAUAAUUUCUACCGGCAGCGAGUGGCAAACAUUGUUUCUCAUGAGGUUGUUCAUAUGUGGUUUGGAAAUCUUGUCACUUGUGCCUGGUGGGAUAACCUGUGGCUCAAUGAAGGUUUCGCCAGAUUCUACCAGUACUACCUCACGCAGUCGGUUGCACCUGAGCUAGGCUACGACAUUCGUUUCAUCGUGGAGCAACUGCAAACAGUCAUGAUAUCAGACUCGAUUGACACCGCGCACGCCCUCACAGAUCCUGAUGUUAACAGCCCGUCCCGCGUCAGCGCUCACUUCUCCUCUAUCACGUAUGCCCGCGGCGCCUCGAUCAUCAGAAUGACGCAGCAUCUGCUCGGAAACGACACUUUUGUUAAGGGUCUACGUUAUUAUCUAAGUGCCAGGAAAUUCGAUGUUGCUGAACCUCAUCAUUUGUUUGAAAAUCUCGACGCAGCGGCAGCGGAAGACAACGCCUUGUCAGCGUACAAUGGCAUUACCAUUGACACUUACUUCAGGUCCUGGUCAGAGAAAGCCGGUCAUCCACUGUUGACAGUUAUUGUUGAUCAGAGAACAGGACAGAUGAAUGUAUCGCAGACUCGUUGGGAACGUAACACCGGCGUGUCGCAAAACCCCAGUCUUUGGCACAUACCUAUUACUUGGACAAGAGGUGCAUUACCUGACUUCGAGAACCUGAAGCCCUCACUUAUUUUAUCAGCACAAACUACUGUGAUCGACAGAGGCAGUACUGGACUGGAAUGGGUGAUUUUCAACAAGCAAGAAUCUGGUUUCUACAGAGUUGAUUACGAUGAUACCAACUGGGCUCUACUCACAAGACAUUUAAGAAAUUUUGUUGAAAGAAGUGUUAUCCAUGAACUGAAUCGAGCUCAGAUCGUGGAUGACCUGUUCGCGUUUGGUAGAGCGGGUACUAAGAGUUAUGAAAGAGUGUUCAACAUCUUGUCCUUCCUAGAAUUCGAAAGCUCUUACGGUCCUUGGAUUGCUGCUAUUAACGGCUACAAUUUUGUCCUAAGACGACUUGCUCAUGAUACUACUAGGCAAAAAUUUAUGAAGGAUAUUAUUAUUCGACUAAGUGGUGCACUAACAAGAAGACUGGGCUAUACCGAACUACCCGCAUAUUCCUACAUGGACAAUUUGCUUCGGAUGUACUCUCUCACGUUCCUGUGUAACAUUGGUCACGAUACGUGUGUGUCUGAAGCAAGACGGAACUUCCAAAACUGGAGAUACGGUGGUGCAUUCAUUCCCCCAAAUAUGCGUCCUUGGGUAUACUGUACCGGUCUCCGUUACGGUACCGUCGACGAUUUCCAGUACUUCUGGAAACGCUAUUUAGGUGAGAAUCUUGCGAGUGAAAAGGCUGUGAUGUUAGAAGCGGCUGGUUGCACGAACAGUAUUGUAAGCUUAUGGCAGUAUCUAGAUGCUAUUGUUGCUAUGGAUGAUGCAGUACGUGAACAAGAUUACAAUACAGCUAUGAAUUCAGCUGUCUCUGGAAACGAAGCUAACACAAUGUGGAUGUUCGAAUGGUUGCAGAAAAACGUUAAUAGAACUAUUGCAGCGAUGGGCAGCGUAGCGACACCAGUCAGUUACAUAGCGGGUCGACUCCUCAAUGAACGACAAAUAUCUGAGUUCCAAGCAUGGCUGGAUGAUAAUCGCAAUAUUAUUGGUGCUGCAUACGACACUGGUGUGAACGGUAUUGCUGCUGCUAGAACGAACCUCGAAUGGUCAGCGCGUCGCAUUCCUGAAAUGGAUAUUUACUUCCGAAGGGGUUAUGAAGAAGAUGUUAUUGAAGAUAUUAAUGACGGUGGUGAGGAAGACGUUGCUCCUCCGGAAGUUAGCACAGAAAGACCUGUGGUAACACCGGAAGGGGAUAAUGAUACUGGAUCGGCUAAUACUGCGGUUCUCAGUAUCGUGACACUACUUACCGCUGUUGUUGUUAAUAUUAUGGUAUAAUAUAUUAUUGGGUCCAAU